AUGUCUUCGUCUCCAAAACAUAACGCCUUAAAACAGUCAAUUACAACUGACUCAUUUAUUCCUUUCUCCAUUUUACCUAGUCCUUUUAAGACAGUUUUAGUGAUUAGUGCCUUACAACACCAACAGGCUGCUCAAAAGGUCGCUGAAAUUGAACAAGAAGUAAAAAAUGCUGGUGGUAUGUACGAAGAUUCGGACAGUACACCUUAUUAUCUGAACUUGCCGUUGAUUGCAAUGACAAAAGAAGAAAAGAAAUACCUUAUACAACAACAAUUCAUAGCACUACCUGACGAACAAUAUUUCUUAACGGUUGAUGAAUUACAAAGACAUAAAGAUUUACUUCAAGAACUUGAAAAAUAUGAACACGCAGUAGAAAAAUUACAAAAAUCUGGAGGAUAUGCUGCGUGUAGCGUUCAGUUCCUUUCAAAACAAGGAGACUCAUCAUCUCGUAAAAAUCUACCAAAUGAAGCAUCCGAUACUGAAUAUUCGCUCCCUCCGUUGAAAUCCGGCGCUAGAACUCUGGCCAAAUUUUUAUCGUUAGUUGAGGAUGAUUCUUUGGAUGAUCUUUCAAAUCGUGUAGGGGAUAUAUUAACAUCAACUAAAAACACUGUUCGUCAAUCUGGUACUUUAAACAAAAAACACAAAACCCAAUUUUCUUUAAAUACGAACAAUGAAGCUAGUAAAUGUAAAGGAGAAUUUACUUUAUCAAAGACUGGAUGUCAAACCAAUCACGAUUUCGUUGCAUCAAAAAAUGAGUUUGACAAACAACGCGACAAAACAAUAAUGUCUAUUGCUAAUGACUCAGCUCGGUCUCAUGGUGAUUAUGGAAGACAACAUUGA